AUGCCUCAAGCUCAGCCCGAGCUAAAGAAGUAUAUGGAAAAGCGUUUGUUCGUCCAGAUCAAUGGGAACCGUAAAGUUAUUGGCGUACUUCGUGGCUAUGAUGUGUUCAUGAAUAUCGUGCUUGAUGAAGCAAUUGAGGAGAAAGCUGGUGGAGAAAAAGGCCGGCUUGGUAUGGUGGUGAUUCGUGGAAACUCGGUUGUUAUGCUAGAAGCACUCGAGCGCAUCUCGGACCGUUGA